AGUAAAAAUGGAGAAAAAAAAAUCCAUUGUUAGAAGAGAGAAAGCAGAGCAAAGAAAGACGAUCACAGUCCAACAAUGGCGACGAACAAAUCAACAAUCGAGAUGCCUAGAGUGAAGCUCGGUAAUCAGGGGCUUGAGGUCUCAAGAUUAGGUUAUGGGUGCAUGGGCCUUACCGGCACAUAUAAUAAUCCACUCUCUGUGGAAGAAGGCAUCAAAGUGCUCAAGGAAGCUUUUAACAAAGGGAUUACAUUCUUUGAUACUGCUGAUGUAUACGGGGCAGACCAUGCUAACGAGUUACUCAUUGGAAAGCUAUUAAAGGAAUUGCCUCGAGAUAAGAUCCAAUUAGCGACAAAAUUUGGUAUUUUCAAAAUUGAGCCCACCAAGGUUACAGUCAAAGGUACCCCUGAAUACGCGCGUUCUUGUUGUGAGGGUAGCCUAAAGCGAUUAGGUGUGGACUACAUUGAUCUCUAUUACAUACAUAGAAUCGAUACAACUGUUCCUAUAGAGGACACUAUGGAAGAGCUUAAAAAGAUGGUGGAAGAAGGUAAAAUCAAGUACAUUGGGCUAUCUGAAGCUAAUGCCGACACGAUUAGGAGAGCUCACGCAGUUCAUCCUAUCACUGCUUUACAGAUGGAAUAUUCCCUUUGGACUCGCGAGAUUGAAGACGAACUAAUUCCAUUGUGCAGGGAACUCGGAAUAGGCAUUGUGCCAUAUAGUCCCGUAGGCCGGGGAUUUUUCGGGGGCAAAGCGAUAAAGGAGCAACUUCCUGCAAAUAGUUUUUUGCAAUUGAAUCCGAGGUUUACGGGGGAGAACCUUACCAAAAAUAAGAAUAUUUAUGAUCGAGUAGAAGCAAUUGCGGAAAAGCAUGGAUGUUCCACUGCUCAGCUUGCUCUUGCAUGGGUUCUCCAUCAAGGAAAUGAUGUAGUUCCGAUUCCUGGCACAACCAAGAUUAAGAAUCUUGAAGAGAAUGUUAAUUCGGUUAAUGUGAAACUUACAAAAGAGGAAAUAGAGGAGAUUAGUAAUGCAGUGCCUUUGGAUGAAGUUGCUGGUUCCAAAAUUAACGAGGCGCUUCUGCUCGUCUCAUGGAAGUUUGCAAAUACACCACCAAAAAACAGCAACCGAUCAUCAUGAUGCAUUAUCAAGGUACCACUAGACACCGUUUGUGUUCCAUUACGUGAUUGAUUCGUUGUCAUGUAAAGUACUGUUUUUAGCUCUGUUUUUUAGAGGAUCAUGGGUUAAUCCGUAGUUGACUUGGUCAACGUGGAUCCUAAACUGUUAGUUUUUUUUUACUCAAAAUUGAGCAAACUAUGAAUGAGUUAGUUGACAUUUGAACUAUAAUGGCCUGAUUUUUCGACUA